AUGGCGACGACACUCGCGCAUGCAGUGCGCGCCGCGCAGUGUGUCUCGCGCCCAUCCGUGCGUGCGUACCGCACGUUUGCACCUGCACACGCUCCGCACUGGGCGCAGCCCGAGUCGCUCGGCUCGGCGGCGAGUAUACCCGUCGGCGCCGACGGAAAACCGUUGGUCUUUCUUCCGCCGAGCGCGCCCGUGCGUACAGGGCCUGGCAGGAAAGAGCGGCGCAAUGAGAAAAAGCAGCAGCGCAAGCUGGCUCGCAAAGAGAAGGUGAAUGACACGAUUGCCGCACGUCUCGGCGUCGCAGAGCAGCGCGUGGCGCCGCUCGUGCGUACGGAUCACCAGUUCAAGACAUUUAAGCCCAUCACGCCGUCCAUUCGGUGGUUGCGGUACCCACUCACGCUCGAUCUGCACCGCGGCGCACCCGUGCGUGAGCUUACGCGCGCAAAGCGCAAGACGGGUGGGCGGAAUCACCACGGACACAUUACCGUCCGCGGCCGCGGCGGCGGGCACAAGCGCCGGCUCCGACUUGUUGAUUUUUACCGGUGGGAGGCCGGAGAGCAAAAGGUGUUGCGCCUCGAGUACGACCCGAACCGCAGCGCACAUAUUGCGCUGAUCCAGCACAAAGACACCCACCGUCUCUCCUACAUUCUUGCCCCCGACGGUCUUUCCGCUGGCGAUAGCGUGCAGAGUUACCGCACGGCAAAAAAGGACGACGAGGGAGGGGCUACUACUAGUGGAAACAGUCUGGAUCUCGGCAUUUUUCGUACACAUGCGAUCCGCCCGGGGAAUGUCUUGCCGCUGCGCUUGAUUCCCAUCGGCACCACUAUUCACGCUAUUUCACUGCUCCCGCUCGGUGCAGCCAAGAUGGUGCGCAGCGCAGGCACGAGUGGCCAGCUGGUCGCAUUCUCGUCCUAUAAUAAGGGUGGCGCCGUCGAUGCGGAGGCUGCGCCGAAUUCGCAAGGAACACAUGCACAAGUCAGGCUCAGCAGCGGCGAAGUCCGCUUCGUCCCUGUGGAUUGCUGUGCGACUAUUGGUGUCGUGAGCAACAAGGACCACCAACAUCGUCGUCUUGGAAAGGCAGGGCGUAGUAGGUGGCUUGGACGCCGUCCCAAGGUGCGUGGUGUGGCCAUGAACGCUGUCGAUCACCCACACGGUGGUGGCCGCGGCAAGUCCAAGUCGAACAAGGCGCCACGCUCGAUUUACGGGUAUCCACUCAAGUUCCAGCGCACGCGCAAACCCGGCACACGCAAGGGAAAUCGCAUGGUCCUCCGCGAGCGUCCACGCAGGAACGGAAAGCGCGCGGGCAAGUCGUAG